AUGCUCGGACGUCUAUUCAAGCAGUCAACGCUCCCGAAUUUGGGUGCUCCCUCCCAGAAUCAGUCAAUGCAUUCAUCUCAUAACAACCCAUCAACAAACGGUAACACUCAUGACGACUCAUACACAAGAGAAAUACUUUAUGCAUCACAGUGUCUUUCUGUCAAGCCGCUGCUUUUCAAUCCUCGGCGUUUCCGCCUUUUGGUGUGUCAGGACGGCGGAAACCUUCGAUCGAAGCAAGUACUUUAUGAUUCUGCUGCUGACCUGCUCACUUCAUCACCGGUUCUGACGCCUGGUGUUUCUCCGGCUACAUCAGCUCCUGUCCCAUGUGGAACAUCCGACUCGCAACUCUCUUCAAAAGUGGCAUCCUUGUCACUUCUGAGAAAUAGCUCUGUUGUUAAGCUCAAUGCACCGACACAAAUGGGUUCCAAAAACAUUUUACUGUCAAAGCAACUCUACAACGUCAAUGAAAUCAAUGACUAUAUGUUUGGAAGAGGCUUGCCAACUAACGAAAGCUGUACGGCGACAAAGAUACACAUGCUUCCUCAAGUCAAUCUGGUCUAUGGACCAUACCUGGCCAUCUUGGUGACUCGGUUGUUUCUGAUUGUCGACCCAAGCAGCAGUUAUGCAGAAACAAACGUAUCUUCUAUAUAUGACCGCAGCUGGCACCCUGCACCGGCAGUUCCAACGAAGGAAGCAUUUUUCAGUUACUCUGGAAAUUUUUGCAAGACACCAGGAACUCCCGCCGAGGGCAGCAUGGCAUCUCGCUCAUCGUAUCACUCCCGUUUUGCUAUUGGAAUCGUCAUUCCGCUAGAGUCAGCGGACCAAACAGCGGAAGAUGUGCUUGGUAGUAACUUGGAUGCCAUUGCACAUCACCUAGUGAUUUUGCAGAAGGUGGUGCUGAAAAAGCUUAUUUUGUGCUUGAAAUACUCCACUGUCAAUGGAGUAUGUCCCUAUAUCAAUAAUCGCCGUAUCCAAUUUCCACAGAACAUUUUACGGUCCGAUGCAGAGUUGCUUACUCAACUUAACAAGUUGGUGAAAUUGUUCUAUUUCAACACCAAUGUUCCUCGGCUCAUAAACACAAAUUCGCUUAUAAGAUACAGCAUUGAGAAUACGGAUUCCAAGCUUAAACCUUAUCUUCUCAACUGGGCAUUGGAGGUGGUCAAUUGGCUCGAAUUUAAGGAUGGCCGAAAUGUCUCUGCUUUUCAUCCCAACGGAUACAACGCCAACUAUAUUAACCACUAUACACGUCAGACUGAUGUUUCGGGCCUCUCCAGCACGUUUUUGGCCAGUUUACUUGCCCUAUUGGUGCCUCUUAGGCAUCUGCUUGGUUCAAACCCUAUGAGUGUUGAUCCAAGACCAAUGGCGACGUCAAAAGAGAUCACCAGAGUUGUCGUUAUGACGGGAAACUCCGCUGUCGCCAAAAAGCUAAUUUUUAUUUUGAACGGAAUUAUCCCAGACCACUCACUUCUGUCUCAGCUUAAUAUGUUGGAAAGUGAGACGUUGGAUCUGUUUUUUGACGAUGAAGACAAUGAUUCUGUCUUGGAAAGCGCAGACCAUGUGGAGCCACUUCUGCCAGCGCAACACAUAUCCAUAGUGAGCCCAUCGUCAAUCACUCUGGGCAUCAGUGCAUCUCCCAAUGAGACGAGUACGUUGAUCAAGCCAAUUCCCAUCCGCCAAAGAACGUCUCCACCUUCCAACUCUCCAUCGGACGACUCGUGUUCGGUUUCUGUCAACUCGACCCGUGGUUGGGAGGUUCCCGUGAAGUCUUCAACGAGCCUAUCAGUAUCAUCUGCAAAGAAGUCGUCUUUCACUACUGAAACAACCAUUGGAGCACGUCAAAUUCCAAUUCAGGGCCGGAAUUCACUCUCUAACUCGUCAUCAAUGGCGUAUCUCUCGUCGUCACUUAAUUCGUCGCUUUCUUCUAGUGCAUCCAACUACUCGUUGUCGAAACUUGGAGGAAGCUUCAUGGAAAAAUGGAAAUCUUCGUUCACUGGCAACCAACACAACUACCCAUCGCACAACCAGUUUUUUGAAGAAAAUCUUUCAGAUCUUUCCAAGAGACCAUCUAUUUUGUCACUCCGGACACCUUCACCAGGUCUAGACCCUGAGGAUCCAAUGUGGGAACCCACGGCCCAAUCACUCAGUGGGCUGUCCCCAGCACGCCAGAAAAUUUCUCGAACUCAGUCGAUGUUGGAUCUUUACAAUCACACAUCACAGACGAAGCGGCCAGUAGCGAGCGAAAUGCCAUCUGUCAAUUUACGGAGAACAAUGUCAUCGGUAUAUGUUCCUCUCCAGUCUGACAAAGGUCAAGACAUAAGGCUUUCAAACAAGGAACGUAUCAAACUCAAGUGUGGAAUGAUCAUGAGAACCAGAGUGUCUUUGGGAAAGAAAAUGGACCAGACUUUAGUUGUUAAUCCUGUUCAUAUGGACAGAACCUCAUCUUCGUCAACUUUUUUUGAGCAGAGCACAAUUACAUCUGAAGAAACAAGGAGUUCUGGGAUCAAUGAUUCGUCAAUCGGCGAUGUUUCCAACGCGCACUGGUUACCAGUCAACAAGAAGUGCGUACUUCCUCCCAAUGUGGCAUUUGUGGAUGAGUUCCGUCCCGAGUACAUGGUUCAGUCUUGUCCACUCAACCCCAAGCUAGAAGCUCAGGUGAUGAAUGCUAUGAAGAACGAUCUUCUCUUCUUCCAGAAUAAUUGCGGAUACGAACUGGUGACGUCUCGUACGGUGUUCAUCAGCUUACGUGCUCGAGAGAUCAAAACCAUCGAGAUGAAGGUUGGUGGUCAGGACAAACUGCAGACGUCGACGCAUAUUGCAGCACCAAUGCCGCCGUUCUCCCACUCACAGGUGACGCCACCCAUGAGCUCGAACUCCCCAGUCUCGUCGUACUUUUACGGGGCUGAAGUCAACAAUGUUCCUCAUGAGCGACGUGGAUCUACCAGCAACAACAACAACAGCAACAUCAACAGCAACAACAACAACAAUUACUCAACGGUGAUCCGAAAGAUCUUCACUUCCAAGCACAUUGGUGGUGACAAGAGUGAGAUCCGCAAGAUGGGAUCCCACUUGGAGAAAUUGACUGAGGUUGUUACCAAGAUCAAUAACGACGGAGCAGCAACCACUGCUCAAGAGAAAGAAAAUUACAACCAGGAGUUGUAUCGUACAAUUCUGCAGCUUAUUCGGUGA